CUCAAAUCCCUUUCUUCCUUCUCUUGGGUACUGUUUGUCAGCCUAGUCCAGUCUAGACCAACGCGAUUUCCUUUUUCUAAGAAGACUUUAAUCCCGAUCAAGCAAAAAUGUUUCUUACGAGGACCGAGUAUGACAGAGGAGUCAACACUUUUUCUCCUGAAGGUCGACUGUUUCAGGUCGAGUAUGCUAUUGAAGCCAUUAAGCUUGGUUCAACUGCAAUUGGGUUGAAAACAAAAGAAGGUGUUGUGCUCGCAGUUGAGAAGCGAAUUACCUCCCCUCUUCUGGAACCUAGCAGCGUGGAGAAAGUUAUGGAAAUCGAUGAGCAUAUAGGAUGCGCCAUGAGUGGAUUGAUUGCUGAUGCUCGUACACUCGUUGAACACGCACGAGUCGAAACUCAGAAUCAUAAGUUCUCCUAUGGUGAGCCAAUGACUGUAGAGUCCACAACGCAGGCUCUUUGUGAUCUGGCCCUACGAUUUGGCGAGGGUGAUGAAGAAUCCAUGUCUCGACCAUUUGGAGUAUCUCUUUUGAUUGCUGGUCAUGAUGAGAAUGGCCCAAGCUUAUACCAUACGGAUCCAUCUGGCACGUUUUGGCAAUGCAAUGCAAAAGCUAUAGGGUCAGGGUCUGAAGGAGCAGACAGCUCUCUGCAAGAACAAUACAACAAGGAUUUAACUCUGAAGGAAGCUGAGGCUAUUGCUCUUUCUAUUCUGAAGCAAGUUAUGGAAGAGAAGGUCACUCCGAACAAUGUCGACAUCGCAAAGGUGGCUCCAACAUAUCAUUUGUACACUCCAUCUGAGGUGGAAGCUGUUAUUAGUCGCCUAUAAGUCCACAUUACCAUAAUUGAGAAAUUUUCAUGUCAAAGCCAUACUUAGCUUUGCUUUUAUAAACUACUGGGGGUUAUGAUUUCCAUUUGUUUCUGAUUGCAUAUCGGGUUCAACUUAAAGAGCUGAUAACUUGUGAUGGAAUGUGGAUUUCUGAAAUGCUUUUAACUUUUUGGAUAGUUGGACAAUCAUAUCUUCCGGUAAGAACAAAAGCUUCUUUUCGCA